CCAGUCCUGACAUUCAUGGGGCUGCUGUGCUCUUUCCAGACCUGUUUCAUCUGCUGCAAGAUGGGGGCCACCAUCACCUGCUGCCAGACGGCCUGCGACCGCACCUUCCACCUGCCCUGUGCCCCAGACGGACAAUGUGUCACCCAGUACUUCGGGGCCUACAGGUCCUUCUGCUGGGAGCACCGCCCACAGCAGGCACUGCGGCCACGUCCAAGCCAGGACAACACCUGCACCAUCUGCCUGGACACGGUGGAAGACAACAUCUCCUACAUAACCAUGGCGUGUCCCGCGUGCCAAGACGCCCGCUUCCACCGGCACUGCAUCCAGAGACUGGCUCUGCACGCUGGCAUUGACUUCCGAUGCCCGCGUUGCCUCAAACAAGAGCCGUUCAUGACGGAAAUGCUCACCAUGGGGAUCCGACUCUCUAAGAGACCCCCAUCAUGGCAGAGUGACCCAGACGUCGGACCCUCAGAUCAGAGGCACGGCCGCUGCGAUGCCACAAGGUGCCUUUGUCCAGGAGGCAGGGAGCACUCGCAGGCACACGGACCCUGGCAACUGCGCCUCUGCAGCUCCUGCGCUGCUGAGGGCAUCCACCGACUCUGCUCCUCUUUGGGGAACAGCACCUGCUCCUGGGAGUGCAGCACCUGUGCUGCCACCGACACUGGUAGGCAACAAAGCUUUCAGCACUAUGCAAUCCACACAGGGACCACAAUGGGCCUGGCACCAGGGCCCUCGGCACAGCUUGGCUCCUGGAAAGGGCGGGAUACCACAGCGGCCUCUCCUGCCUGCAGCCUGCGGACUGUCCUGACAACCUUCCUUCUGCCUGCCCCUCUUUGCAGGUUCCACUGGCAAAUCAGACCUUGUGGGCCCCAAAACCUCAAGCACAGAACUGCUGACUCUGUCCCAGGACACGGUGCUCCUCAAGAGCAGCUGCUCCAUCAGCCCUCAGCAGGCCUUAAAGCAGCACUGCGGCCACGUCCAAGCCAGGACAACACCUGCACCAUCUGCCUGGACACGGUGGAAGACAACAUCUCCUACAUAACCAUGGCGUGUCCCGCGUGCCAAGACGCCCGCUUCCACCGGCACUGCAUCCAGAGACUGGCUCUGCACGCUGGCAUUGACUUCCGAUGCCCGCGUUGCCUCAAACAAGAGCCGUUCAUGACGGAAAUGCUCACCAUGGGGAUCCGACUCUCUAAGAGACCCCCAUCAUGGCAGAGUGACCCAGACGUCGGACCCUCAGAUCAGAGGCACGGCCGCUGCGAUGCCACAAGGUGCCUUUGUCCAGGAGGCAGGGAGCACUCGCAGGCACACGGCCAGGACAACACCUGCACCAUCUGCCUGGACACGGUGGAAGACAACAUCUCCUACAUAACCAUGGCGUGUCCCGCGUGCCAAGACGCCCGCUUCCACCGGCACUGCAUCCAGAGACUGGCUCUGCACGCUGGCAUUGACUUCCGAUGCCCGCGUUGCCUCAAACAAGAGCCGUUCAUGACAGAAAUGCUCACCAUGGGGAUCCGACUCUCUAAGAGACCCCCAUCAUGGCAGAGUGACCCAGACGUCGGACCCUCAGAUCAGAGGCACGGCCGCUGCGAUGCCACAAGGUGCCUUUGUCCAGGAGGCAGGGAGCACUCGCAGGCACACGGGUAA